AUGGCCGAACUUCUUGUUUCACAUGGUAUAAAUAUCAAUGAAAAAGAUAAAGAUGGAAAAACAACUCUUGACAUUAACCAAGAAUAUUACCGCAGUGACCUAGCCGAUUUUCUUGUUUCACAUGGUGCUACGAUUUCACAAAGUGACAUGUAA